CACUGUAAUUCUCCCCAGUUUGCUCACCACUAGUCAGCGUGCUGAACCAGUUGCCCCCGUUGACUGACAGUAGCGCUCCCUGCCGAAGGACCAAUCAGCAGCGGCGGGGGGCGGGGACUGGGCAAAACCAGCUCUACCAAAUUCCCAGUCGCGGUCCCUUGCAGUUACUUUCCAUCCAGGUUUCGGAGCAGCACUGAGGCACCAUCGCUACGCGGUCUGCGGCGUUUCGGGACGGAUCUGCAGCAUUCAGCCGCAGCACUUGUUGGGGACCUCUAUUUGUUGCUCAGCAGCAGCAGCAGAACUGUCUGAAAGGAGAAUCUCACCAUUCCACCACCAGCCACCACGGUCCUCUCUGCUGCUGCUCUGGAUUCUGGCGUGCAUUGCUGGACUAUAACGCAGAGGGAUUUAUAUUUGUGCGCGGCCCACAGCGGACACCGACACUUUUUCUUCUCUCUGAGGGAUGUAUUAAAGCGGUGAAGUCUGCGCUCUGAACAGGAGAAUACAAAGCCACUGCCCGCUGAAUGAACUACUGCCGUGCGCCUUUGGUUUUUUGGAGCAGGUCUCUCUUCUGGAGAUGCUCUAGUAGGUCUGAACAGGGUCUGUGGUCCGUGCGCAUCCCUACUGGAUCGGGAUAUAAGGUGAAGAAAUUGCCGUGGUCAGCCUUUUCUGGAGCGCUUGUCCUCUGAUCUGUUUUUUGUGAACAUAUUUGGUUAUUUUGAGAAGGAUUGUGCACUAACCGGAGGUGCGCAGGCCAACCAUGGGGGACUCGAUGUGGAGAUAUUAUUUCGGAGUUUUGUUUAUUGCCUUCAAAGUGGACUUGUGCCGGGCGCUCAUCCUGGAGUCCAUCUACUGGAACACAACAAAUACCAAAUUUGUGCCAGGCCAAGGUGUGGUAUUGUACCCCCAGAUCGGGGAUAAGUUGGACAUUGUGUGCCCCCGCGUGGACGGCGGGAUGAGCGAUGCCGUGGAGUAUUACAAGGUAUACAUGGUGCCUAGGGAGCAGCUGGAGAGCUGCACCAUCACCAAGGCCGACACGCCGCUGCUCAACUGCGUCAAGCCCGACCAGGACGUUAAGUUCACCCUCAAGUUUCAGGAGUUCAGCCCCAAUCUAUGGGGCCUGGAGUUCUUCAGGGGGAAAGACUACUACAUCAUCUCUACAUCUAACGGCACCAUGGAGGGCAUCGACAACCAGGAGGGGGGACUGUGCAAGACCAGGUCCAUGAAGAUAAUCAUGAAAGUGGGACAAAAUCCCUCUGACCCUAUCUCACCCAAAGACAUUCCCACCAGAGUACCCUACUCGCCCAAGCACUCAGAUGGCAAGGAGACCUAUAACCCCAACGAUGUGCUGGAGAAACCAGGUGUAGCGCCCAGAGAAAGCAGCGACAAUGACAACAGUGGAAAGUCCUCCAGCAUCAUCGGCUCCGAGGUGGCCAUCUUCGUUGGCAUCGCUUCAGGCAGCGUCAUUUUCAUCAUCAUCAUCAUCAUGCUGGUCCUGCUGCUGCUCAAGUACCGGCGGCGGCACCGCAAGCACUCGCCGCAGCACGCAGCCACGCUGUCUCUGAGUACGCUGGCCACGCCCAAACGGAGCGGAGGCGGCGGGAACAAUAACGGCUCGGAGCCCAGCGACAUCAUCAUCCCGCUCAGGACUGCUGACAGCGUCUUCUGCCCCCACUACGAGAAGGUCAGCGGCGACUACGGCCACCCGGUCUACAUAGUUCAGGAGAUGCCGCCUCAGAGCCCGGCCAACAUCUAUUACAAGGUCUGAGGUGGAACUUUUGAAAGCAAGAGACAAACUGGAACAAUCCCGGGCAGAGCGGGUUUUUAGAUUUGGCUGGCGCCAAUGGCACGCCCGCAAUCACUCUCGCUCUUUCUCUCUUUCUCUCUUUGUCGACUCCUCCUCCUCCUCCUCGUCUCUGAUGUUUUGUCACAACUUCUUUCUUUAUCAAAGCUUUGCUGAUACCUUGUCGCUCUGGUUUGGUCGGUGCGGACGGGAUGGGUGGAGGGCCGGAGAGAAAGCUACCGCUGCCGCUCUUUGGAAAUAGACAGGACGAUCUCUUCUUCCCCCGAUGCUGCUCCCUGUUUUGUUUUUGAGGGAACUGAGUGUUGUGGGAUCAGAGAGUUAGACGGAUGCACAGCUUGUUUUUCUUUGUCUGGGAUAGGACGGAUGGACGGAUGUAUGAACGCGAAGGUUUGCUGGCAAGAGAGGAUUGGAAGGAAUUUGUGGCUUCACCAUAAGAGAGACUAUUGCUUGGAAAAAGAAAAAUGAGGAGAUGUAAAGGAGAACAUGGGCUGACCAUGAACUCACAAAGUGGCUGCCCUCCCUUGAUACUCACUAGCCAGAGAGACUCUGUGGAUUCACCAGUUGGACGAGGAGGACGGAGAGAGGUUCUCACACCGCUCCUCUCUGGGACUUUCCUGACUGACUCAUGGAGAUCACCAUUCACCCUGCCACCCACAUGCUCACCAUCACAUAUACACACAUUCACCCACACGCACAGACACACUGUCUCACCAGUCAAUGUGAACUGUUUGGGUUUAAGUGUGGAUUGCACCAAUCCUCCCAGAUAUGUUUUCAGCAAAUCACUUCUUUCAGAUGAUAUUUGAAGGUCUCAAGUUAAGAAAAAUAGUUUUUUUGUACUUUCAACAUUUACUGAUCUUGUUUCUGGUCGUAUCUGGUUUUCAUAUCCUGGUGCAGUUCAAAUACAGAUAGAGGUUUUCUUUUCCUUUAGUGACAAGUUAAAUCGUAUGUGACGUUCAAACACAAGUUACCCAACAGUGGCUAGGAGUGGCGAGAGCAUGAGCAAGGAUUUUACUUCAAUUUGCGCACUCUUGCCAGGGAACAAGGCAUGUGUCAGGACUGCCCAGGAGGCUCCUGGGAAGAGUGGAGGACUUUCAUAUACAGAGAGCAGCACUUUUAACCCUUUUUUGGUACCUCCACUCUUGGCAGCAGUCAGAGAGAGACACAGUGAUAGCUUGAGAUGGGAGAGCAGCUGUAUCCCAUCACAUUUAGCAGAAUGGGCUCGCCUCAACUCCUCUACAACCUGGGCUUUUCACACGGGAAAGUGUUAGGGGCAAUAAGAAAUCCAAUUCGCCUUACUGCCAUUUUUCGCAUCAGGUGAGGAAGAAGCCCGAGAUCUAGUUGAGGUUAGCGUAGCUGGCUGAGACAGCUCUAGGUACUGUAAUGUUUACCCCUGGGGGUCCAAUGAUGACUAAGGGUGCCCUCAGGGCCCAGAAUCAGCAUGGCCGGUGCUCUCCUAUUGUUAAAAAAAAAAGCACAGGGACAUCUUCUUACAUUGUCACUGUUUCUUAAUAGCCAUUAGCAUUUCCAUAUUGUGAUUAUUUGAUUUACUUCUCUCUUUUUUUACAUAAUAGGACAUUACAAAGGUGAAAAAUGAAAUAAAACGCAGAAUUUAUUUAUGAUAAACACAUAGAGCACAGGUGUUGUCAGGCCGCAUGGAGAGGAAGAAGAAGAAGGAUUGUUAAUAUAUUAUGGUAGAAGUGCACAUUAUGCAAUCCAGGAUUUGAUUAAUUCAUAUCUCCCAUAUUUUCACGAGCUCUCGUCCACAGACACAGGGCCUGGGAAAGAGGACCAGGGGAGGGCAGCCUGGGCCCCGGCCCUGGGGGGGAGGAGACUUAUCUGUCCCAAAAUAGCUCACAUUGGUGUACACAAGGGCAGAGUAGUUAUGUCUCCCA